AUGUCUGUUCCGACCAGCUCUUCUGGGGAGCCGACUAGUAGCACCUUUGGGCCACAAUCAACAUUCGGGCAGGCUAAUAAUGCAAAUAUCAAUCCUUUUGUGGGUGGUAGAACACAUUUUGUCUCACCAACAGGUGGCUCUGUAUUUGGGGGAACUUCAACAGGAGUUUUCGGGGGUGGUUUUACUCAAACUCCUUCGCUUCUCUCUUCCGGAGCUGCCUUUGGUGAUUCUUCAUCACCAGCUAUUGGUGGAUCUUCUCCUUUGGGUCAGAAUCCUGCCUUUGAACUUUUCGGUUUCACUCCCGCUCAAACAAGUACUUCUGACACCACAGGUCAUCCAUCACAGCCUGCAUUUGGGAGCAGCAAUUUUGGUUCUUCUACUCCAUUUGGCGCACAAAGUCAAUCAGAAUUCAGCGCUAGUUCUACUCCAGGCUUUGGUUCGAGUGCCCCUGGCUUUGGAACUACAAGCACACCUAUAUUUGUUACUGACAGUGCCCCAUCAUUUAGAGCUACAAGCACCCCUGCCAUUGGUUCAACCGUGAAUGCUGCAUUUGGUGCAACGAGUGCUCCCAUCUUUGGGUCUGGAGGUGCAGUUGGGGCUUCCAGUAAUCCAGCUUCUACAAGCACGCCUGCAUUUGUUACUGACAGUGCCCCAUUAUUUGGAGCUACAAGCACCCCUGCCUUUGGUUCAACCGUGAAUGCUGCAUUUGGUACUAGAGGAAUUGCAUUUGGUGCAACGAGUGCUCCCAUCUUUGGGUCUGGAGGUGCAUUUGGGGCUUCCAGUAAUCCAGCUUCUACAAGCACACGUGCAUUUGUUACUGACAGUGCCCCGUCAUUUGGAGCUACAAGCACCCCUGCCUUUGGUUCAACCGUGAAUUCUGCAUUUGGUACUAGAGGAAUUGCAUUUGGUGCAACGAAUGCUCCCGUCUUUGGGUCUGGAGGUGCAUUUGGGGCUUCCAGUAAUCCAGCUUCUACAAGCACACGUGCAUUUGUUACUGACAGUGCCCCGUCAUUUGGAGCUACAAGCACCCCUGCCAUUGGUUCAACCGUGAAUUCUGCAUUUGGUACUAGAGGAAUUGCAUUUGGUGCAACGAAUGCUCCCAUUUUUGGGUCUGGAGGUGCAUUUGGGGCUUCCAGUAAUCCAGCUUCUACAAGCACACCCGCAUUUUUUACUGACAGUGCCCCAUCAUUUGGAGCUACAAGCACCCCUGCCUCUGGUUCAACCGUGAAUGCUGCAUUUGGUACUAGAGGAAUUGCAUUUGGUGCUACGAGCAGCCCUGCCUCUAGUUCAACUGUGAAUGCUGCAUUUGGUAGUAGAGGAAUUGCAUUUGGUGCAACGAGUGCUCCCAUCUUUGGGUCUGGAGGUGCAUUUGGGGCUUCCAGUAAUCCAGCUUCUACAAGCACACGUGCAUUUGUUACUGACAGUGCCCCGUCAUUUGGAGCUACGAGCAGCCCUGCCUCUAGUUCAACUGGGAAUGCUGCAUUUGGUAGUAGAGGAAUUGCAUUUGGUGCAACGAAUGCUCCCAUCUUUGGGUCUGGAGGUGCAUUUGGGGCUUCCAGUAAUCCAGCUUCUACAAGCACACGUGCAUUUGUUACUGACAGUGCCCCGUCAUUUGGAGCUACAAGCACCCCUGCCUUUGGUUCAACCGUGAAUUCUGCAUUUGGUACUAGAGGAAUUGCAUCUGGUGCAACGAAUGCUCCCGUCUUUGGGUCUGGAGGUGCAUUUGGGGCUUCCAGUAAUCCAGCUUCUACAAGCACACGUGCAUUUGUUACUGACAGUGCCCCGUCAUUUGGAGCUACAAGCACCCCUGCCUUUGGUUCGACCGUGAAUGCUACAUUUGGUACUAGAGGAAUUGCAUUUGGUGCAACGAAUGGUCCCAUCUUUGGGUCUGGAGGUGCAUUUGGGGCAUCCAGUAAUCCAGCUUCUACAAGCACACGUGCAUUUGUUACUGACAGUGCCCCAUCAUUUGGAGCUACAAGCACCCCUGCCUCUGGUUCAGCCAUGAAUGCUGUAUUUGGUGCAACGAAUGCUCCUGUCUUUGGGCGUGGAGGUGCAUUUGGGGCUUCCAGUAAUCCAGCUUUUGGGCCAUCAAACGCUCAUGGAGCUCAUAUCGGGUCUCAGGUAGCUACACCAACAUUUGGCAAUACCGAGUUUGGAAAGUCCCCUUUUGAAGGUCAGCUUAGGGGAAGUUGUGUAGCUCCAUUCACUCUAACGACUGAGGCAGAUACUGGAGUGAUGCUGCCUGCCAAGCUCCAGUCAAUUUGCGGUGGACCAAAUCACGCUGGUCAGUCUGGUGUUGGUGUUGGCCCCGGCACAUAUCCUGUUAUUCCUUGGCCUACUUUUAGUCAGCCAUCUCCUUUUUCUUCCACUACAGCUUCCGAUGCAAUUUCUUCGGCCCCAGCUUCCACAACCACACCUAACCCAUUUUCUUUUACAACAUCAUCUAAUGAACUUUCAAUGACAGCUCCUGAUCCUUUUGUUCCAAAUCCCUCUAGUAAUGCAGGUUUUUGGCCAUCUCCCAACACUUCCCCUUUUGGUUCUUCUUCAUUAACUUCUGCUGUUAGAUUACUGACUUCUGCAUUUGAAGAUAGUGCACCGCCAUCCAUAUUUUCUUCGUCAGUCUCAGCUACACUUGGUUCAUCACCAUUGGUUAUUGGUGCUCCCACUACUCAGUCCUCCCCACUAUCUUCGUCUACUACACCCUUGAUUGCCGAGACUGCUUCUGCUUUUAGACAAACUCCUGCUUCCUUUAGCCAAACUACUGCUCCCCUUGGCCAAACUACCAAGCCCACUUUUGGUCAAAUACACACAUUUAGUACAGUUUCCAGUGGCUCUGGUGGGAGCUUAUUGCCCAGUAGUCCAUCGCGAGUUCUCUCUACUAAUGCAGCCGCAAUCACUCAAACAAAUGACAGACACGAGCAGGUAACUAGUAAACCCCUUCUUCAUCUCUUACCUUGUAUUUUUAGCAUGGUGCUAAUUUUAUAUCAAAUCUGCUUGGUAGCUGGUACAGGUGGCUUUGGCUCACAAAAUGCUUUUGGUCAGAGCCAUUGUGGACAAUCGUCUAUCAACGGGAGUUCUUCAGUUGUUCAACCAGCACUGAUCACAAAUCCUUUUGGAAUCCUCCCUGCUGUACAGCAGUUGUCGAUAGGCUGCACUGAAACUGGUUCCCCUGUCCAACAUGGAAUUUCUAGCGUGCCUGUACGACUGCCUGUCCAAUCCUUUCGAAAGUCUCGUUUGCUGUCUGCUCGGCAUCUCUCGCUGAGGCAAACAAGGCUGCCUGUAAGGAAGUACCAUCCUGAUAGGGGUGUUCAAAGGGUUCCAUUUUUCUAUGAUGGAGACAAUACACCUAGCAAACCAGAGGCUGAUGCUCUAUUCAUUCCUAGGGAGAACCCAAGAUCUCUGGUUAUUGGUCCUGAAUAUUGGCCUGCAAAAGAACAGAAACCAUCUCCAUUGAAGAAAACUUCUCCAUAUGCAAAUGAUGGUGUUCCCAAAGAUGGUCCUUUGGGGGGGCAAACCGACUUUGUCAAGGCCAGCCAGAAACUUAAGGGAGUUCUAGGAGAUUCUUCUCUUCAGAAUGACGAGGAAUAUGUGAUUAUUAAAGGAGCUGGCGAGUCUGCAAUUGGGUAUGAUUGUGGUGCUGGCAUUGAGGCACUUAUGCCGAAGCUCUGUCAGCCUGACUACUACACAGAACCGCACAUCACAGAAUUAGCAGCCAAGGAAAGCGCUGAACCAGGAUUUUGCUGUCGAGUCAAAGAUUUUGUCGUUGGACGACUUGGUUAUGGUCACAUCAAAUUUGUAGGGGAGACCGAUGUAAGAAGGCUUGAUCUUGAGUCCCUCAUUCGCUUCAACAAUCGUGAAGUGAUUGUGUACGCAGAUGAGAGCAAGAAACCGCCUAUAGGUCAAGGGCUCAAUAAGCCAGCUGAGGUGACUCUUCUUAACAUUAAGUGCAUUGAUAAGAAGACGGGAAAGCAGUACAUCGAGGGGCCCAAAGUUGAGAAGUACAAGGAGAUGCUCAAGAAGGCGGCUGAGAAACAAGGCGCGGAGUUUGUGUACUAUGACCCCUUUAAAGGAGAAUGGAAGUUCAAGGUUCGUCAUUUCAGUUGAUAUGAUCCGAUGGGAGAAUCC